AUGUGGGAGCUCCUAGCUGUCUUACUGCUCACCCUAACUUACUACUUUUGGCCCAAGGUAAGGCGCUCUGGUGUCAAGUACCCCACGAGCCUCCCAUUCCUGCCCCUGGUGGGCAGCCUGCCUUUCCUCCCUAGGCAUGGACAUCCUCACAUCAACUUCUUCAAGCUGCAGAAAAAAUAUGGCCCCAUCUAUUCGCUUCGUCUGGGAGCCAAGACUACAGUAGUUGUGGGCCAUCACCAGCUGGCCAAGGAGGUGCUCAUCAAGAAAGGCAGAGAAUUCUCUGGGCGGCCUCAUGUGACGACUCUGGCCAUCCUGUCAGAUAACCAAAAGGGGAUCGCCUUCGCUGAUAAUGGUCCCCAAUGGCAGCUGCAUCGGAAGCUGGUGCAGGCUGCCUUUGCCCUGUUCAAGGAUGGCCACCAGAGGCUAGAGAAGAUGAUACUUCAGGAAAUCAGCUUGUUAUGUGAUUUCCUGGCAACUCAAGAUGGACAGUCCGUAGAUCUGGACUUGCCUGUCUUCCUGGCCGUGACCAACAUAAUCUCCAUGUUCUGCUUCAACUUUUCCUACAAGCAUGAUGAUCCUGAUCUGAAGAUCAUACAUGAUUACAAUAAAAGCAUCUUGGAUACUCUGGGCAGUGGAGGUCUGGUGGACAUCUUUCCCUGGAUGAAGAUUUUCCCCAACAAACCACUGGAAAUAAUGAGGAAUGCUGUCAAGUUACGAAAUGAACUGUUGAAGAAAAUUCUAGCAAAAUACAAGGAAAAAUUCAGCAGUGACUCUAUCAACAACUUGUUGGAUAUACUGAUCCAAGCCAAGAUGAACUCAGAAAAUAACAACGAUAGUCCACACCAGGAUUCAAGGCUGCUUUCAGAUGAACACAUUCUUACCACUGUCGGGGACAUCUUUGGUGCUGGUGUGGAGACCACCACCUCUGUGAUGAAGUGGACUGUGGCCUUCUUGCUGCACGACCCCCAGCUGAAGAAGAAGAUUCAGAAGGAGAUUGACCAGAAUAUAGGUUUUAGUCGCACACCAACUAUCAGUGAUCGGAACCACCUUGUCCUGCUGGAGGCCACCAUCCGAGAGGUGCUUCGCAUUCGACCUGUAGCCCCUCUCCUCAUCCCCCACAAGGCUUCCACUGACUCCAGCAUUGGCGAAUUUGCCAUUGAUGAAGGCACAGACAUUCUCAUCAAUUUGUGGGCAAUACAUCACAAUGAGAAGGAGUGGCACCGGCCGGACCAGUUCAUUCCUGAGCGCUUCUUGGACCCAACGGGGAGCCAGCUCAUCUCACCAACCAUGAGCUACUUGCCCUUUGGAGCUGGACCCCGUUCCUGCGUAGGUGAGAUCCUAGCCCGCCAGGAGCUCUUCCUCUUCCUGUCCUGGGUAUUGCAGAGGUUCGACCUGGAAUUGCCGGAUGAUGGGCAGCUGCCCUCUCUGGAGGGCAAUCCUAAGGUGGUCUUUAUGAUCGACUCCUUCAAAGUGAAGAUCAAGGUGCGCCAGGCUUGGAAGGAAGCCCACUCUGAGACUGUGUCAAGCGCCCCAUGA